AUGUCGCAACCGGUCAGCGUGACCAUCGACGAGGUCUUUGUGGCCAUCUACGCCCUCCUCUUCCUCCUCGCAGUCGCCGCCGCCUUCAAGCAGGGCUUCAGUCGCGCAGCGGGCUUCUUCAGCCUCGUCCUCUUUACCGGAGUCAAGCUGGCCGGCAACGCCAUUCUCAUCUACGUCUAUCACGACAACUACAAGAACACCAACAUGGUCACCACGGGCUACAUCCUGCGCGGCCUGGGCUACUCGUUCCUCGUCUCGUCGGUCAUCUCCUUCCUCAGCGGAGUCUACAACGCCGACCAGCCGCCCAAGUCCAAGAAGCCCUUCCUGCUCCGCCUGCUGCACCUCGCCAACAUCGCCGCGCUCGUCUUGCUCAUCAUGGGCUACUCGAACAGCGACUCGGUCUUUGACGGCACCUCGACCGACGGCAAGCUCGACUCCAAGGCGCCCAUCGGCGACGCCAUCUUUGCCGUCAUCACCGUCUUUGCCUUCCUCUUCACCCUCUUCCUCUUCCCGCGCUCGUCGUCGCACCACCGCAAGAUCCUCGUCCGCGUCGUCCUCGCCCUGCCCCUCAUGCUCGUCCGCGUCGGCUUCGGCACCUACAAGACGGCCCACCGCGACUUCCUCAAGAGCUUCACCGUGUGGCAGAACCUCGGCUUCGAGUGGGUUGAAGAGGUCCUCGCCGUCCUCCUCCUCCUCAGCGUCGCAUUCGUCGGCAAGGACCGCGACGAGAUGAGGGGUAGCGGAAAGUGGGAAGAGAGGUACCCGCUCAACUAUGCCCACUCGCCCUGA